CACCCUGGGGAAAACCCGAUUCCAGGAAAUAGCAUUUCUCUUUAUUUUCUGUGAUUUUUCCGGUGAUUGAAAGGAAGGUACCAGAAAUUACCAAUCCCUCGACUUUGUUGGCUUUACAAGGAAGCUGCUUUAGGUGGAGUAGAGAUGACAUUUCCGUGCUAGUUACUUUCUCAGUACAAAGAUGUCGCUGAAGUACACCGAAGCUGAUGUUGAUGAACUAAAUGACUUAUUGUCUGCAAUGAGCUUAUGUGAUGAUAAUGGUAUAGAUUUUGGAGAUCUUGAGACAUUGGGAGAAUUUAAGAAGUUACUGAAAGAUCGUAAGAGAGCUUGUGGGAAAGAUGAUCGAACCAAGAAGCAGGAUCGAUUCCGUCAGAUCACCCAAGCUGACGCCGAGCAGAGACGACAACUUGGUGAAGUAUACAGUGCGUUACUCGAGUUCUUCAAACUCGAGGGAUGUGAUGAAAAGGUGGAAGAAAAUAUCAAUAACCAGAUCCGCAAUUGUAAAGAGCAGAUUGUGGAGCAUGACUUCAAGUUAAGGAACGAUGGCUGCCCUAUAUUGGUCACUGGUGAGACAGGGGCUGGUAAAAGUAGCUUCCUGAACCUCCUCCUCGGCAGUGACAUCCUUCCUGUUGAUCAUGCCCUGAGCGCCACAUCCACCAUCUGUGAGCUACACAACAGUGAGAAAACAGAGGCAGAAAUCUAUUACGGGGAGAAACACCCGAACAAGAAGGAAGAUAAAAACUUUGAGACAGUAACACUUCCCAGGGAUGACCUUCCUGAAGUUCAGAAGAAAUUGAAAGAGUUUGCCAACAUUGAGGACCGAGAGAAAGAUGUCAACAAGUUUGAUCUUAUUAGGAUCCAUUGGCCAAUUCCGAUGCUGCAGGGCAAUGUGUAUCUGGUGGAUAGCCCUGGAGUUGGUGAGAGUAAAGAAAUGAACAAGAAAGUCCUGCAGUAUUUGCCAAAAGCUGCUGCCUUCAUCUACAUUGUCAACAGUAGUGUCAAUGGUGGGGGCAUCUCAGAGAAUCGGAUUGAGCUCAUCCUAAAGCAGAUCACAUCAAACACGAGCGAAGGACAGCUUCAAGUCUUCAACCCGCAGUCGGCCAUUUUUAUUUUCAACAAGUGGGACGAGGUCCCUGACGCAUCGAAAGAAGAAUUAAAGAAACGCAACAUCGAGAAGUUGAAGAAGAUGUGGAGUGGAUUAGAUGAAAAGAAACAAAUCUAUUAUCUCUCGGUUAAACAGGCCAGACGUCUUUUACAAAUGGAAGCUGGCGAGACAGAUGAUUAUAAGCUUUUACUGGAUAGCAUCUAUGGCUUCAUGGAGAUGGGACUGAAUAUCUGUAUUAGGAACCAUCAGAGGUGGCUUGAGUAUGUCCAUGGUAGGAUCACCAACACGAUCCAGACGAGAGUCACCAAUGCUAAGCGUAGUAAUGAAGAGAGACUGAAGAUAGCCAAUCAUAUAAAACACAAGCUUUCACGAUUACUGAAUGAAUCCAAAAAAAUCAUAGAAGACUUGCAGGAGCUACUUGAAAAGAAGACUGUGAAAAUUGUGACGAAACUUGCGGAGAAUCUCCGGCUUAAAAAAACCAUGGAGAGAAUAGCACGCCAUUGCUGUGAACAGGAAAUACCCGAUGAAGAGGACAUGGAGAAGAAUCGGUUCAUUUGUAAGGACUUGAUUCGCGAGGCUUUGUUUAAAGAAGUCGCAGACUGGGAAUCAGAGCACAGAAUAUUUGAGACGACGAAGAAAAAUUUGUUUGGAGCAUUCCGCAAGAAGUUUGCACAUGUUGAGAAUGAGCUCCAGCGAAUUGAGAGACUGAUGCAGGGUGCUGGGUCGCUGCCUCAGACAUCAGCUUCCGGUGGGUUAAUGGAGGAUGUCCCAGAAGACGGGGCACUAUUCUCUGCUGCAGAAAAACUAGUUCUAGGAUUGACCUCACCAAUUUGGCUACCAUUGGCAAUCAUCGCAUCAGCCAUUGCCCUGCCAAUCAUGGGUUCAUUGGCAAUACGGGAUAAAAUCCAACACGAUCGCAAAUUACUGGCUUAUCGAAAGGAUAAGUACAAGUACGUCUUCCAGUGGACCAAACAGGUGAUUGAUGCCCUGAAGGAUGAGGACAUCAAGAAGACAUUCGUCGAAAACCAGCUUUCUGGUCUAUCGGAUUACAUUAUGAAGUUUGAGAGUAUUAUUCCAGAACUUGUUGAAGCGGACAAGAAACUUAUCGAGGAUGUUGAAGGGGAUAUCACAGCCACCAAGGAUAUACUGAAAAAGUACAGCCCUCUAUUGGAGCAGGUUAACACUAGUCAUGGCUUCCUUCAGCUGUUUAGAUUCAGGAACUUGCUGAGUGACGACCCAGAUGUUUUCAGUGAGGCAGACAUUGAACGAAAACACAUCAUCGGGACAGGUAGUUUUGCUGAUGUUUGGGUGGUAAAUCUGAAGCGGGAUGAAGGUCAAGUGGAAAAGGUCGCAGCCAAGGUCAUGAAGGUCGAGCUGACUGCUGACAAUGCUAUGGAUUAUGCAUUGGAGAGGGAGACAUUGAUCAACUUGCAAGAUGAAAACAUCAUCCGCUACAUCGGGACGAUCCUCGACAGCAACCAACGCCUGACACUACUGCUUGAACUCUGCAAGUGUACCCUCGCAGACAUCGUCUACACCCAGCGAGAGAAGAACCCGGGACAUCAGACAGAUCCCGAGAAACGUUCGGUUGCAUUCGAGUUCAUUGCAGAUGUCUCUCAGCAGAUUGCCAAAGGGUUGCUGUACAUUCAUCGCAAGAGCUACAUACAUCGUGACCUCAAGACAGACAAUGUCUUGCUGACGGAUAAUGGUGUUGUCAAACUUAGCGACUUGGGCCAAGCUAAGAGGGAGCGGGAUGUGACCGGUACCCAGAGAGGGACGUACUUGUACACAGACCCCGACAUCCUCCAGACUGGCCUGGCAACAAGGGAAGCUGACAUCUACAGCCUUGCCAUGGUCAUGUGGGAGCUUUGGUAUGGCCAGCGUGUUUUUUUCGACCUGCUGGAUGCAGGGAUGUCAUGGAUUGAACUUGAGGGAAAAAUCCAGAAGGACGACUACAGACCUACAUUUACAAUCAAAGGAUGUGUUCCCCCAAGUCAAGAUUGGCAGAAUUUGAUUGAAUCUUGCUGGUGUGCAAAGCCAAAAGAUCGUAAAAAUACCAAACAGGUUUAUGACGAGUUGUGCAAGUGGUCAAAAAGAGAAUACGUCCUGCAGAUGGUAGUAGAGGCAGAAGUUGAUGAGCCAUUGCCAAAUGAUGGGCAGGUGAUGAUGCCCAAUGAAGAGGAGUCUUUCUACUCGUCAUACGUAAGACAACUGCGGUUGGUCAAUAGCAUUGAUUGUACACUUGACUCCAGGAGUGGUGAGGAGUCGUCACCGGGUCCGAUCAUGAGGGAGAUCAAGUACGAAAGGGUUGUAGACGAGGAGGAGAUUGCUGAAGUGUGAAAGGUUUGUUGAGGAUGCUGAGCAAUCGUACUUUAGAGUCUGGAAUGGGAGUUGUGGUAUUCUAAUACAAUGAUCAGUUGUGAGACUUCUAGUGUUUCUUCUCUAUAAUUCGCUCUAACCAGAGAAGUCGGCUAUAGAAUUAGUGCUAAAUUGUUCAGCUUUCUUUGUACAGAAAAUCGAAUCCGGGAGGGUUCAUUACGAGUAGCUUAUUGGCUGACAACGUCAUGCACAUGGACACAUUAUUAAGUUGUUGGCUUUUCAUGUCUGUUCAGCUGCCAAACUGCCAUAUUUCAAAUCUUCUGAAUAAUUUUUAUAUCUUACCCGGAACGUUAGAUUCACGCUGUUAAGAUUAGUCGACUACUUUAUAGAAAUGCAGUUUGAUAUUCUCUUGAAGGAUUCCUUACCAUUCCAUUUAUGACACUUCUUGAGUACAACAUUCAUUAUAAAAGGUGCUUUUAGACAUGGUGCUAUGAAACAAUGAUGUUAUGUAUAUGAAUACUAUUGCCGAGGAGAUUGCAAGGGUGAUGACUAAUUCCAACGAGGUUGAUUGCAGACACAUUGAGAGGGAUCUUAAGAUGAUGGUAGGCCCAUAAUCAAUGGGUGUUUCUGUACUUUGUGCAGACCUUUGGCCGUGUAUCUGCAGCACACCAAAGCUGGAACUCCGUCAACAUUUGAAUCGACCGAGACAUAUAGUUUUGAUUAUCAAUGAAAUGCAAUAAACAAAAAAGAGACACUUGUAUUAUUUAUUUUCU